GCGGUCGGACGUUUCCGUUUGGAAUAUGGCGGACAAUUUGUUAUUAUGGAACGAAAUAACAUGAAAGAAUUUGGAGCUUGUGGGUAAAAUAUGUACGUUGGCCGUCACCAUGAUUACGGCAGAUACGAAGAUGAAUCUUCGGAGGAAGAAUGUGAACACUGCUCUAGACAAAACGUUCGUUUACGAAACGAGGACAAUUGGUCGGGCACACUGUACGAAGAACCGCCGUGGGCAAGUCAUAUUAAAGAGAAAGGUGAUGUAUUUUACGUUGAGCCGUUCAACGAACCUUCUCCAAACGACAUGUUGGACGCACUGGAACGAUUGGACGUUUCAGAGAACGAUACACAAGGAGAUAGAGAGAAAGACAAGGGCAAAUCGACGCUUCGGAGUUUAAGUUCUGUGAAGAAAAUUAUUCCUGGAUUGAAGCGAGACAGAUUUGACGACAAGAGCCCUAAUGAAAAGAACCAUAAAAAUUCAAAUGCUGUAACUCGUGGAACUGUAGAUGGUCUUUUAGAUGGUAGUAAAGUGGUUGGUAGAUUUUUCAAGAGAGAAGUCCAUCUCAUUGUUUCCCCUCCAAAAAGCCAUUCUGGGCUUAAAAAUGACCUAGAGACUCUACUUGGAAUUAUUCCUGGGAGAGAUAAAUCUGGCAAGAUGGCACAAAAUGACAGUUACUCAGGAUCUAGGCUCUAUAUCAAAGGGUUUGUUCCUGAUGGACCAGCUUUGCGAAGCGGAGAUCUUAGAAUAGGAGAUGUGCUACUGUCAUUAAACAAAUUAGAUCUUAAUUCAAGCAAUGUUCACACAAUUCUUGCCGCCAUUACUGGGCCAAUGGAGAUCACUCUUACCAUUCAAAGAGCAAUCCAACCAAAGAUAGCAUCCCCAGUCAUUCAUCAAAGUACCCCACCAAAGAGUGACAGCCAUCUUGUGAAGUUAAUCAGUGGAGAGGUACCUCUUGCAUCCAAACCAAACCUAAAGAAUAUCCCUCAUGUGGCUUUGUAUUUAACCAUUACUUCCAGUGAAGAUGAUGGUGAACCUGAUAAGGACAUACUUUACCAGUAUCCUAAGACAGAGGCAGCAACCAAGCUAGUUGGACUAAGGGGAAUGUUCUUGACUUUGAGUGAUUUAAUGUCAUCUGUGACAUGCAGUACAGCAAACAGUUCUACACUGGUGUUGGACAAGAAGCUGAUUCAUGUUGUGUAUUCUAAACUGGACAGAGAUGUGUUAGUCAUGGCUAUGCCAGCAGAAAAAAUACCUCUUAUUCAACUGCAGAAGGUUGUUGCUGAUGUUACACAAAUACUCUCUCUUACAUUUGGAUCAAUGCAAAGGGCGUUUUGUGACAAAUUCAACGAAGUCCGUGCAGAUCAUCUGUUUUCUCUUCUAUUUGACAAAGCCCUUACCAGGCCCCCAGGAGCUAAUGAAAAGGAUUGUGUAAAUCGACUUACAGACCUUUUGCCAGGUGUUCAGUGGCUCAACCUACCCCUGGCCACAGAGGUUCAUGUACACUGCUGUCUAAAUGACUUAGAGGCUGCAGAUUAUGGAGAAUUUGCAGAUGAGUUUUUUCAGAUUAGAAGAUUAUAUACAAUUUUAGGCUCCAGUAUAUUUUAUAAGGGAUAUUUAGUAGCCAAUCAUUUAAAAAGAGAAGAUUUAGAAGAUAUUGUAUUAUACUGUAAAUAUCAUUGUUUACUGGCCAUGAGUGCAGAACAGAGAGUUGGUCAAUUAGAGCGGAGGGCCAUCCUCCCCCAGACACCUAUUAUGUAGAUCAAGUGAAAAACGCGCUGCAUCAGAUAGAAGCCCUGGACAUUCCCUCGGUUUGUGAAUCAAGAUUGAGAAGCGUAAGCAAUCCUCCUCUAGCCUCGGCAGAUAUGCUGCUAAUUAACCCACCCUGUUCAUUGAAAACCUCAUCAACUGCAGGUGGCUCAGACACACCUACUGCUCAGAAGAAGCACAACAACGUGGAUAACUUAAGACUUCAAGAUGAAGUCGAGUCCUCCGACAGUGGUAGCGUUCCCUCGACACUCCGACGAAAAGGUUCGGACAGCUCCGGAAGCAUGGGCAGCUUAGGGACUAGAGGCAAACUGAGAUCAUUCCGGUCCCAGUUCUCUCUUAAUUCAGCGGGAACGUUUAGGAAGAGCUUACCAGAAAAUAUACCUGAUUUGUCGCAGAUAGUAACAGCCAAAUUAACCGGUGGCACAGAGAACACGCUGUUUCAUUACGUCAGCUGGGAUUCCUUCCAGGGUAUUGUGGUGUGUCCAAGCGAUGGAGACACGCCCUCCCCCAGUGGAGCAGUACACGCUGAGGUGGUGAACUCAUUUCACAAAACAUGUCUGUCCAUUCGUAGGUUGUUUUCGCCUUACUACAAACAGCGCUUAAAACAGGAUGGCAGCCGUACUCGAUUCAUGUCUUCUGGAAUGCAGGGAGUGGUUGAACAUGGUGCACUCUUUCACAGGACUCCAGAGAGUUCCACAGAUCAGAAGAAAGUUUCUUCUGUCCUAAAGUACUGGGUGAUAGG